CUUCAACAACUCCGACCCGGUCACACGUUGGACGAGCGAACUUCCGCCGCCCUCGGUUUGGCAAAGAUCACGCAGACUUAUGCGGUGCCGAGUGUGACCGAGAUAUGGUUGGCGGGAAAAGACUUGGCGGACAAGAGCAAUCCACCAAAAGCAAGGAAAGCGGCAUUUUAUCUGAUGAUUACGUGUAUUAAUUCGCAGACGGAACUGAGCUCGGUGGAUCGGUUGUUGUUUUUCCAGGCGAUUCAGGAGCAUGAUGUACCGGAAGACUUUGGGAUGCAGUUGAAGGCCUUAACGGCGCUCACGAAGAACGGACGAGAUCUUACCUCUUUUGAGCAGUCUAUCGGGACGUUAUUGGCGACGUGGUUGAUACAGACUUACCGCGCAGCCGACAAACGACGACAAGACCCGCCCUCCAAAGACAAGGCAACGGCCGGUACAAGCACGGAACAGAGCCAAGAAGACGAGCUAACAGCCGUCUUCCAAUCCGCCACUAACGCCGUAAAGUUCAACUUCGCCAUCUUUUCCGAAAACGACAUCUACGCCCUCCUCUACAACGUCGUCUCAAUCUCAAAACGCACCGGAACCCGCUCCGACAUCGCCCUAGCCCUCGAAUUCAUGGAUACACUUAUCUGCUACGGCACCAUCCCCGUGAAGAACUUGAGCGGUGUCAUGGAAGUGUUGUGCAGUGCGCACGAAACGAUCACGGAGUUUGGGGAGAGGACGUGGAGGAUCCUGGGGAAUUUGCUGAAGAGUCAUAUCUCGCAUUCGGCUUUGGAGACGUUGAGGAGUGUUAUUGAUGGGACGGGGAAUGAGCAGCAUAUUAAUACGGUCAAGGGUGCGCUGAGACUUUUUACGAGGGUUUUCCGUGCGAAGGAAGAAGAGGGGUUGCCGGUUAUUGGGGUGGAGAUGGCGAUGACGACGUAUCGCUCCGCAUUGAAUAAACGGAGUUUGAGGACGUGUUUGGAGGUGUUGCGACAUUUGUCGCAAGUGUUGGAUGAUAAGGCGUUGGUUGGGCAGAUUACGUAUGAGGAGUGGACGGUGCCACUAGAAAUUCUUUAUAUCUCCACACGUUACCUGGAGGAGGUGCCGAGUGCGGUGAUGAUCAUACCAGGCCAGGUUGAUGCACCAGGGGAUUCCCAUGCGGUCAAGUUGGCGCAUGUGCUCGGUGAUGUCGUAGGGAAGUUGAGGAAAAUGUAUGAGGAACAUACCUUAAACGGUCCCGAAGGCGAUUUUGUGGAUUUGUUGGUAAGGGUACAUGAGCGAUUGCCGGUGGAUAUGCAGGAGUUGGUGUUGGAGCAUUAUUCGGUGAACCAUCUGUGUCUACCCAACUCGCCUGAUUGGGUAGCAAAUUGUGAGGUCGUCGUGAACAGUUUCUAUACGCAUCCUGGGAAGAGAACUGAGAUCCGGCAACGGGCACUACGGCUCCUAAGCGAUGUUUGGGACGUCGUUCAAGAUGUGUAUGGCGACUCAUUUGUGGAUGAAGUCCUCCUCCCACUCUUGGACACCCUCGAGAAAGAGAAGGACGCUGCGGUCGUUACGGAUGCGUUGGCAUUGUUGGUCGAUGUAGCCGUUGUCGCAUCAGUAGAGCACUUCGCAAAGUUGAGCGCGGUACUACGGAGAUGUGCUGGCUCGCGGAUGAGUCAGUACGCUUCGACAGGAAUGACAGGAUCGGAACGGACGCAUGAGUCUGAGGGGUCGUCGCACAUGGACACGGUGGGGGUGCCGAGUGCGUCGUUACCUGGUGCUGCGGCGAAGAGUUUCGUGUGCAUGUUCCUACGGUGUCUGAAAGACAACGAGGCGAAGCGGUGCGCGGCUAUCUUCGAGGAUUUGGUCGGGCUCGUGGGAAGUGACGGUGACAGCGAGGCACGACUUGUGGCGAUGAAGCUGUUGAUCCGGAUACGUGUGGAUAUGUCACGGCAAACCUGGAUCACGCCGACGAUUGAGAAUACGGAGGUCGCUAAAGUGUUUAACCGCACCCCCAAGACUGCUGUGGAGCAUGAAGGGGAGCAGAACAUGUUAGGGUCGAGGAUGCACGGCGAGGGACACACACCACGGAAGGUCAGUGGUGGAUCGGACAGUAUGUCUGGGAGUGGAAUGUUGAGUCGAGGUGGGAGUCUGAGGAGGCCGGCUGGGAGUCGGUUAACGGAGCAUCUUGCGUUGAGUUUGGAGUCGUUGCCGUUGUGGGUUGUGCCGGAGUCUGAUCCACUACCCAUGGAGUCGCCAGAGACGUCUUGUGCGUACCUCGUGACCGAACUAGGAGAGGAAGACGCGGAGACCGGUACGAGGAAGGUUGUGUUACCGGUUGUGAAGUGGUUGAGGACAGCAACGAAUAUCUUGGAGAGGGACAGUGAUUGGGAGGUGUAUUCCUAUCUCGUGGCGGGAUUCGCGCCACAGUUAAACAACACUCUCUUAUUCUGGAAACACAUUCCGGAGAUCCAGAGGUUGCGUGGGUUGAUUUGCAAUCAGCUCAGUAACGGCUCUACACCAUCUCGUCUCCAAAUGCCAAACAACGUCAGGAAGACGGACGUGAUGGUUGGCAUCGUUGUGACAUUGACGAGCAUGAUCCCGUACCACAAGCACAACUCGAAACAGCAGGACGAUGAAGUCAUCCAAGCGUUCCAGAAUGGAUUACUUAAGUGGCAGCGAACGGCAAAGUACUGCAUGCACGGCCUGGCAGUUUGUUGCCACGAGAUGCCUCUAUCAUCCACCCGAUUCCUGGCACAGACCACAGGACGUUUGUCGCAGAUUAUCACCGCUGCCGGAGUUUCGGUGCACGUACUCGAGUUCUUGUACGCGUUGGCUCGCGCGCCGCAUCUCUACGUCAACUUCACCGAAGCUGAUCAUCGUCGCGUAUUCGGUGUGGCACUCCAGUACAUUCAACAUGCAAAUACCAUCACGAAGCAGAAUCCCAAUUCCGAAGCGACUGCGUCGGCCCUGAAUCAGUAUGUUCUCACCCAGGCUUACAACGUACUUUCGGCAUGGUUCCUAUCCCUAAAGUUGUACGAACGCCCGAAGUACGUGCAGUGGAUCACUAGAGGUCUCCUGGCCUCAAACGUCACAAAAGACUCGAUCGACGAGCGAAAUGCAGCACUUAUCGACAUGCUCGGCCGCUUCGCCUACUCUAACUCUGAACUCAAAGCUGGGCCCGCGACCCUCGAGAAAUACGUCCAAGGUGGCACUGCACAGAUUAAUUCGAAGACUUGGGUACAUGGGAAUUCGGUUAUCACGAUUCGGACGUCUAGUGGGACGGGAGGGUUGUCAGAAAUCGUUGUGAGGAAGCCGUCUGGGACUGCGAGUUUUUUUUGUAAGCCCAAUGUCGGGGCUGAUAUUACUGACCUACUCGCUGAGACGGAGGAGUCUCUGACUGCGAAGAAUGAGGCGGAGCAUGGCCAGGAGGAUGCAGCAACGGGGAAGGCUCAUGAUCCGUUGGGCGAGUUGAGCACUUUCUUGCCGAGUUAUGUGUUGUUGCAGUUGACCGUCAACCCUGAAAUCGCUGAUCAACCGCGUCCGCUGUUGAUGCCAGAUGAUGAUGCAUCUCAACGUGCGACCUCGGUCUUCGAUCGCAUUCCUGUUGUCGAUUUCGCGAAGAUUGGUAUCGUCUACGUUGGACCGGGGCAGACGACAGAAGCGGAGAUCCUUGCCAAUACGACUGGUUCGAGACGGUACUUGGAUUUCGUCGACGGGCUCGGAAAGCUGAUCCGGUUGAAGGGCAUUAAGGAGGUCUACACUGGUGGUCUAGACACCGAGAACGACAUCGAUGGCGAAUACGCGUAUUUCUGGAACGACAAAAUCACGCAAAUCAUUUUCCACUGUACCUCGAUGAUGCCAACAGCACUCGACCGCGACCCACAGUGUACUCUCAAGAAACGUCAUAUUGGAAAUGAUUUCGUGAAUGUUGUCUUCAAUGAGAGUGGUGUGCCGUGGAGUCUGGAUGUCAUUCCCGGGCAGUUCAACUUCUUGAACGUGGUUAUCACACCCGACGCUCGAACCGAUUUCACCCAUCGUUAUGGCGCCGAUACUGAGGAAGCCGAUAGUAGGUUCUUCCAGGUUGAUUUGCUCCGACGAGGUGAUAUUCCGGAGAUUUCACCUCUUUGCCAGACGAAGAUCGUGUCAGCGAAGAGUUUGUCGGCGUUCGUGAGGCAUGUGUGUUUGAAUGCCAACAUUUACUGUCAUGUGCAUAACCUCGGGGGAGGCGAGUUUGUGUCGAAUUGGUGUGAGCGGUUACGGCAUAUUCGUCGGAUGAGG